GGUGUGGCGGAGGAAGGCCCGCCUUCUGCAAUAGAGAAGAAGGAUCCGUAGACGGACAAGAGCUGUUGAAAAUGGUGGAGAGCCUCCAUGAAAGCAAGUACGGAACUCGCCACAGCCAAACAGAUCCGGUGAAGUAAACCAAAGGCACAGCUUAGUUUCAAAGCCUGCCAAAAUAGAGGUUGAACACAAACAUGCAAAAUCUGCCUUCUGGAGCUUGAAGAUAACUCAUGAAUCUCUACCACGGAGACACUGCAUCCCACAAUGAUGUCUAUGCCAGUGAGGGCGUCCCGGAAGUGGAACUGGUUAACAUGCUAGAAGACCAACUACCACAGUACAAAUUAAGAGUUGACUCAUUGUACCUCUGUGACCACCAAGAAUGGAUCAAAUCCCCAACACACCAAAGCAGCGGUCUUGGAGGCCUGUCUCCUGUCCUGGCCGAGGAUACCUUCCGUUACAUGACUUUUGUAGAAGUUCCUUCCUCCUCUCUGGAGUCCAGCCAGUGUUCACAAGUACUUGGCUCCGAGCGAGUGGAACAGAUGAGCAGGAGCUAUAAUGACAGUGAUAUGCUCAGCCAUAUGCUAGCAGAGAGGGAUAGGGACCUGGAACUAGCAGCUCGCAUUGGAAAGGCCCUUCUGAAAAGAAACCACUUCUUGACAGAGCAGAAUGAGUCUUUGGAAGAACAGUUAACACAGGCUCUAGACCACAUAAAUCAACUCCAACAUGAAUUAUCUAAGAAGGAUGAUCUACUCAGAGUUGUGUCCAUUGCCUCAGAAGAGAGUGAAACAGACUCCAGCUGUUCUACCCCUUUGCGUUCCAAUGACUCAUUCACCCUGACACAUAGUCUUCUGCAACUGGACAACUUGCAUGGAAAGCUCAAGGAGCUGGAGGAGGAAAACCUGGCCCUGCGCUCACAGGCAAGCCACCUGAAAACAGAAACCUUAACCUAUGAGGAAAAGGAACAGCAGUUGGUCAUUGAUUGUGUAAAAGAAAUAAGGGAAUCCAAUUUCCAAAUUGGUCAACUAACAGAUGAUUUGAAUAAAAAAUCUGAGGAAAUUGUUCGCUAUCAAGAGGAAAUAUCAACGGUUCUAUCACAGAUUGUUGAUCUUCAACACAAACUAAGAGAGAGCGCAAUAGAGAAAGAGGAGUUAAAGAUUCACCUUCAGGCAUCCAAGGAGGCACAGAGGCAGCUGACUGCUGAAGUCCAUGAGUUACAGGACCGGAAUGCCGAGUGCCAAGGAAUGCUGCAGGAGUCUCAGGACGAAUUGAAAAUGCUGCGAAACAAAGCCAGCCCAUCGUCUCUUCUUCGAAGGCCCCAGUCAUGUUGUGUGAUUCCAGUGGAUUCCUUAGCAGCUGAGAUUGAAGGCACUAUGAGGAGACAACUAAGCAUGGAUGAAAGUUUAAACUUUGAGGAAAGAAAGUAUCAGCCAAAACGUGUUUUUGACACUGUAAAGGUUGCAAAUGAUCUCCGCAGCCGAUCGGCUUCAUUUCCUCUUCCUUUGCCAAUACCCGGCUCAAAUCGCUCAGGUGUAGUAAUGACGGCUUUGCCAUUUGAAUCUGGUGUGAAAACUGAGCAGAAGAAACUUAAUGAAUCCACAUCUGAAAAAGAUUUGAAACAGAGACAGCUUGUUAGAAAUAAUUCAAAGCCGGAAACCCCCCAGGACAAUACUUUAGAAGCCGCAAUUAACAGGUUGCACCUGAGAAGGCAGAACUAUCUGAGUGAGAAGCAAUUUUUUAUAGAGGAACAUGAGAGGAAACUCAAACUGUUGGAUAAUGAAGGGGAAACCAGUGGCUGUUGCACACCAACUGAAAGUGUCCUCUCCAUGGGAACGCGCUACUCUGACUUCACAGAUUGCUCUUCCACCUCCAGUACUCUACGUAGCCUCCUCCCGGAGAAACUUCAGAUUGUCAAACCCCUGGAGGGCUCCCAGACCCUCCAUCAAUGGCAACAGCUGGCCCAACCCAACUUGGGUACCAUUUUGGAUCCCCGUCCUGGUGUUCUGACCAAAGGUUUCAAACCACUACCGGAGGAUGCUGAAUACCACCUUUGUGAUUUGGAGGAGGAUGAAAAGGAAGAAGAUGAGGGAGGCAUAACAUUUCAAGUACAAGAAAGUGUCAAUGUCCCAAAGCCAUCUCUAAAUAUAUUUCUGCCGCCCACGAGUGUGUCUUCAGCCGCAGCAUCUGCCCCAAACCCUGGCAAGUGUCUGUGCAGCACAUUCUCCACGUUUACGUUUACCACGUGCCGUAUUCUUCAUCCCACUGACGUCACUCAGGUUACUCCAAGCUCCAUGUAUAGUGCAACAUCAUGUGGCAGCAGUAGUAUCUGUUCCACAAGCACUUUACGAAGUUCCCCAGCUUUGUCUUGUCUGCCGAGUGUAGGGGAAAUUCCCAGCAAAGUAAGAGAUUGCACAAGCAAUUUGAGCAGCACCAGCAACUUGACCAAACUCCUGCAGGAGCAGGGAAUAUCUGCCAAGAUGAAUAGUGACUUUGUUGCAGAGAAGCCACAACCUCAACGUCCAAACAACCUAACUCUUCCAUCAACCCCACCCAAUUCUCCCACACAUUCUCCUUGUCCGUCCCCUAUGACUUGUGAGCCACGGACAAAUACCUCUGAUAAUUUCCUUGCUGUUUCAAGGCCAGCUGAGAGUUUUCUGCAGGAAAUGUAUGGAUUAAAGCAUACCCGUAACCAACCUGAUUUGGGGCAGAUGAAGAUGAAUUUGGUGGAACGAUUGAAGAGACUGGGGAUUGCAAGGGUAGUCAACAAACCAGAAAGAAGUGUUGAAGGGCAGAGUCCAAUGCUAAACAAUGGAUUGAAACGACAAGAAUCAGCUGUGUUUGUUGCUCCCAGUAGCAGCAUGUUAGGUGGACUGAGGAGAAAUCAGAGUCUACCAGCUCUAAUUGGUGGACUUGUACCCCAAGUUUGCACAUCUUCUCCAAAAAUGGGUAGCCUAAAAGAAGACUAAAUGUAUAAAAAAAAAUUUUGUUAGCAGUCCACUGCGUGAAGUAGGAUUCCUUUGUUUUCUGAUUGAGAAGUUAGGUUGUUGAGGGCUUAAGCAUGUAGCAAACGGAAAAGAUUUUCAUAAGAUUUAGAGUUUGAAAGACAGAGCUGUUGGAAGUAAUGUUCAAAGUUGGAUCAGGGAUGUAGUUAUGGGAAUGUUUUAUCGAAGAGUUAAAGAAAGAGGAGUCUGGAAGGUGAGGAUUUUAAAAGUAGUAAUGGGCAUCAAAAGACAACUUCUGUGGAAAAUUGAUCUGUCCCAUAAUAUUAAAAGAAUGCAAUUGCAGAAAAAAACAAAGAAAAGCAUGUAAUUGAGUUUGUAGAAGUAGCAGUAGUGAAUGUCUUCUUUUCUCCUUUACAGAAUCAAAAUCAGCCAGCUUUCUUGUAGAAUUCACAGUUAUUAAAUCUUUGACCAUGUUGUAUUUAAAAAAAAAAAAAUACCUUUGUAAAAUUACAUAGAUACUGUUGAACGUCAAUAGGGUUAUUUAAUUGGACCAAAAUAUAGUUAUAAGUGUUUGCAAUUGCAUAGAACAAAAGAAAUACAUAUAUACAUUAUAUCUGGCCAUUUGAAAGCAGCAUCAUCUUUUUAUGGUCUGAUAUUGGCAAGAAAGAAGCACAGUUUUGUAUGCCUAAAAGCUGCCUUGUUUUACCUCUGUUCAGGUGCAGUUGGUAUUUGUCAUUUUUGCGACUGCCUGAUACUUGUUUGGUAUGGUGUGUUUAACUUGACCCUUUUGCCCUUCUUUAUGCAUUAAAAUAAUCAACUUAACAAUAGAUGGAUGUGAAUACCCACUGUGGCAUGUUUUGUCUGUAUUGUAAAAUCUAAACUUGAUUUAAUGAUAAAGCAAAAAAUAAAAAAACAAACACUAUAUAAUGUA